UACUGUCCUCAAUCUCUGCCUGCCUGUACGGAGGAGGGGGCGACAGGACUCACACUCUCUGCACCUCUGCGACCAAAACUUUAUCGGCUCCGACAGCAGCACAUAAACCAGCUCCAGGUUGAGAACUGUCCCCCUUUUUUUAUCGCACUGGACGGCUGCAAAGCGAAAGACGACCCGUUCAGCCUGUGAAGAGGUCGCGUUUACUCGGAGUUAAUCCUCUUCGCUGGAGGAUUUUUAAAUAUCUGCGAUGAGCGCUGGGGAAAACUCAGACACCGACUCCAACAAACUGGAGUCUGUGAUACAGAGGCUGGAGGAGAGUGUUUUGUCUGAGGAGAAGAGGCUGACCGUCCGGGGCCCUUCACCAGAUGCCCCCCCUACAUGCUUGCCAGCACGAGUACGAGAGAUUGUCACAAAGAACCUCACCGAUAGCUCAGCUGGAGCCAUGUCCUCGGUCAUGUCCCUCCAGGAGGAGAACCGAGUGCUGCAGGGAGAGCUGGCGAGGCUGGAGGACCUGCUGGCGCACAGCCGGGCGGACCGAGACGAGCUCGCCAUCAAGUACGGGGCAAUUAGUGAGAGGCUGGAGCAGGCGUUACGCUUUGAGACGGGAGACGGGGACCACGAUUCACUGGAGUCUCGCAGCCUGGCGCAGCAGAACGUGGAUUUGCGCCGGCGGCUGGACGAGGAGCAGGCGGCCUACAAGCGCAAACUCACUGCGUACCAGGAGGGUCAGCAGAGGCAGGCGCAGCUCGUGCAGAAGUUGCAGGCCAAGGUACUCCAGUACAAAAAGAGGUGUGGGGAUCUUGAGCACAUGCUGCAGGAGAGGUCCUCAGAGCUGGAGAAACACAGGAGUGGCCACAGUGAAACAUCUAAUGGUCGCCAUCAAGACGAUUCGAGCAGCAGCCUUGAGGAUGCUUUAAUCCGUCUGGAGGAAGAACAACAGAGGAGCAGCAGUUUGUCUGCGGUGAACGCCAUGCUGCGAGAGCAGCUGGAGCAGGCCGGUUUGGCCAAUGAAGCUCUCAGCCAGGACAUCCGCAGGCUCACCGCUGAUUGGACAAAGGCCAGAGAGGAACUGGAACAAAAGGAAUCUGACUGGAGGAGAGAAGAGGAGUCCUUCCACAGUUACUUUAGUAGUGAGCACAGUCGACUGAUGGCGCUGUGGCGGCAAGUGGUCGGGUUUCGGAGGCAGGUCUGUGAAAUGAAGAGCGCCACUGAAAGAGACUUGUCAGAUAUGCGUAACGAGCUGGCUCGGGCGUCCCAUUCCGCUCAGGUGUCCUGUUCUGGCCUGUCCGUCACGCUGCAUAGCCGGGAGGGAGGAGCAGCUUUGGCCCUGGAGCGAGAGAAAGCGCUGCGGGUUCAACUAGAACAGCAGCUAAGAGAGCGAGUGGCAGAGAUGAUGAAUCUUCAGACCAGGACGGACGCAGAGAGAAGUGAGCUCAAUGUCAGGUUGUCAGACUCGGUGCGAGAGAGCGAGAGACUAAAGGGCCAAAUUGAAGAGCGAGACAGAGAAAUCGUCAUCCUGACCAGGAAGCUUGAGGAGCAGAGUGGUAAUGAUGAGACUGACAUGCAGGUGAUGAGAUCUCACACUGAGACAUUGUUGGACACUCUGCGUGACAUCGCUCAGACCGUUUUGUCAGACGGAGAGUCGUCUUCAGAGGCAGACCAGGACAACUCCGGGGCUCCACUGCUAGCGUUGAUCCGUGGCUCCUCCCCUCGCCGCUCCUCCUCACCUCGCAGGUCAUCCUCCCCCUCUCGGCCCUCCUCGCUGACUCCUCUUUCUGACGCAGCACUGUCUGCUCUGCGCUCUGCAGUCACAAACAAGACGCUCCAGCUGCAGGAUGUUCGAGGGCGUCUGCUCUCUGCACAGUCCUCCAUACAACAGUUGCGCAAGCAGAUUUCAGAGACUGAUUUGGCUAAAAGAGAUGCAGAACAGCGAAACCAAGCUCUUCAGAGAGAGAGGGAUGCUGCCCAGAGAGAGAGGGAGACCACACAGCGAGAUAAAGACCGUCUGAAGCAGGAGAGAGACACCCUGGCCAGUGAGAAGGUGAGCUUGGAGAAAACUGUGCAGUCGGCACAGAGCAGCUGCCAGAUGCUGCAGAUGGAUUGCGAGAAGCUUCAGCUGACUGUGUCUUCCGUGCAGCGAGAGCGAGAUCACGAGAGGGAGGAGAAAGAGGCCGUCAUUCAGGAGAGAGACCGGGCGAAGGCAGAGACUCAGAGGAUACAAAAGCAGUGGGAUCAGAGUGAGAAUCGAGCCUCUGCUCAGCGUGGAGAGCUGUCUGUUGUGAGGGAAACACACCAGCAGGGGGAGGUUGAGAGGCAGCUGUUGGAGGGAGAGAGAGCCCAACUCUCUGAAGCACUGGCUCGGGCUGAGAGCAGGAACGCAGAGCUCUCUCUGCUGCUUAACAAGCUGCAGUCUGAGGAUGCAGCUCUCAGGGACUCUCUGGCCAAGAUGGGAAGCAUGAAUGAGGGUCUGGCCCAGGACAAAGCUGAUCUUAACAUCUACAUUCUCCAGCUGGAGGAGGAGAAAGCCGUCCUGCAGUCUCAGAAACGGGAGGCGGAGCAGGAGAAGUUGACCAUCAGAGAUGAGCUGGUCCGGUUGGAGCAGGAUCGGCUGGAGCUGGACUCUGCCCGCAUCACGCUGCACCACUCGCUGCAGGACGUUGAGCUAAGCCGGGUGGGGAUGGAGGCAGAACUCCAGAGUCUCAGGGCUGAAAGACUUAAGCUGCAAGAGAGAGUCACCCAGCUUUGUGGCGAGGUGACCUCUCUGGGAUCCGAGUUGAGUCUUGCCAGAGGAGAGGGCCAGAGGAGCGAGGUGGCCUUAGAGGAAGCAGGCCGGAGUCGGUCAGAACUGGCCCGAGACAAAGCAGCGCUGGUCGUCCAGCUGACGGCGUCUGAGAGAGAAAACACUGUGCUGUCAGAGGAACUCACUGCUUUCAGGUCCGAGCGGGAGUCCCUGGAAACCAGUCUGUUCGAGGUGCAGCAGCAGCUUGUUCAGGUGGAGUCUCGUAGAGAGCAGCUGGAGACAGAGAACCAAAACCUUCGAGUCCGCUGUGAGACUGCAGCAGCUGAACUGAGACGUCUGCGCUCAGAUGGAGAGAAUGUGUUGGCCCAGGCUGAGAGGGAGAAACAGGCUCUGACUCAGGCUCUGAAUGCUGCUCAGCUGGAGGCCCAGCAGGCUUUACGCAAGGUCAUCUCCGAACAUCAGGAGGAGGUGGAGAGACUGGUCUCAGAAAAGGAAGUUGUGCGGCACAGCCUGCUGAUGGAGCAUGAGGGCACUCUGAGGAAGCUCAGGCAGGAGGCAGAGGAUCAGCUCCAGAGAGCAGAGAGAGAACGAGAGGAGCUGCAGGAUGAACUGAGGAGUCUCCAGCAUGACAGAGAUCAGAGUCUGCUGCAGGCUGAGACUGAGAAACAACAGGCUCUUUCUCUGAAGGAGGCAGAGAAAACAGUUUUGUCUGACAGGGUGUCCUCCCUGCAGGCUGAGCUGUCAGCGGCAGCUCUGGAGGCCGAGCGGAUGUCGAGAGAAGUAGCCCAUUACAAGGAGCAGGAGCAGAUCAGAGUCGGAGCUCUGACCAGCGAGCUGCUGGAGCUUCGCUCUCAGGUAGAGGAGACGGCUUCUGUUCAUGAAAGGGAACUGCACAGUCUACGAGAGACUUGUACGGAUCUUCAGUCACGUGCUGAUGUUGCUCUCAAAGAGCUGGACCAGUGCAGAGCUUCUCUCUCAGCUAACGAGGAGAGUCGAGACCAGCUGAGGCGGGACAUGUUGGACAUUGAGCGACGUUGCAACCAAGCUCAGGACUGUGAAACGACAGUGUGAGGAGAAGGAACAGAGGCUGGCUGUGCUGGAGGAGAACUUUUCAUCUGCUCAGAAGGAGGUGACUGAGCUACGGAGCUGCCUGAGAGAGGUUGAAAGGUCCAGGCUCGAAGCCCGACGAGAGCUCCAGGAGCUCCGCAGGCAGCUGAAGGUUCUGGAUGGGGAGAAGGAGCAGAAAGGGAGGGAGGUGGCAGAGCUGCAGACUCGCCUGUCACUGGAGGAGCAAAAGGAGGAGGAGAAAGGGAAAGAGGUUUUCACCCUCAAACAAAAGUUAACUGAAGCUGAAACAGCUCGAGACUCCCUCAAGAAAGAGCUUUCUCUGACUCAGAAGCGCCUGGUGGAGUCUGAGUCGGGCUGGCGGGCCUGCGAGAGAGAACUGACGGCUCAGCUGCAGGAGGCGCGUGGCUGCGAGAAGAAGCUGCAGGACGAAGCCAAAAACCUGGCCCUCCGUGCUCAGGCAGCUCAGGACUCUGCUGCUCAGUCCAGCCUGCAUCUGAGCGAGGCGCAGGGCCGCCUUGCCGCCACAGAGGCGGAGCUGUCCCGGGCUGACGCCGGGAGGAGGGACCUGGAGUUUCGCCUGAGCAGCGUUCAGUCGGCGCUGACACGAACACUAGGCAUUGGAGCAGGUGGCAGAGGGGGCCGGGGGAGGAGCCCUGGGGGGAGCUCCACAUCAGCAGGCACUAUUUCACGCCACCAAAGCAUCUCACCACUGCGCUCCUCGCUGUCGCCUCCCAAAGAAUUUCGUGGAAGCACCCCUGACAAUACUUUAGGCUCCGGCGCAGUGUCUCCUGAGAGAGGGGAUACACCGCUGCCGCUCCCGCAGCCAGAGCUGGACCCCGACACACUGCGAAAUGAUCUGAGAGACUUCCUCCAGGAGCUGCGUGAGGCCCAGAGAGAGCGGGAUGAUGGCAAAUGCCGGCUUGGGGCCCUGCAACGGGAGCUGGAGGAGCUGAGUGGGGAGCGAGACUCUGCUCAGAGUCGUCUCUCUCAGCUACAAAACACCUUACAGGAAUACCAAGAAGGAAAGCGUGGACUGGACGAUCGUCUGACCACCACUCAGAUUUUGCUCCAGCAGCAGGAGGAGGCGGUGAGGAGAGGAGACAGAGAGAGGAGAGCUCUUACCGACAGGGUGAAGGAUUUAGAGCGAGCACUGCAGGCCUCUGAGAUGGAUAAAAAACACACACAGGAUCAGUUAAAUAAGCAGCGAGCUGCUGAGAUGCGUCUGGAGGCAGAGAGAAGGCGUCUGCGGGAGGCGCUGGAGGCAGCUGAAGCCCGGGCCACCAGGGUGGAGCUGGGCAGGCGCAGUCUGGAGGGGGAACUGCAGAGACUCAAACUGAGUCUGGGAGACCGGGAGGCUGAGAGCCAGACCUCCCAGGAGCGCCAUGAGUCCUUACUGAAACAGGUUGCAGAAGGAGAAGCCCGUGUGUCUCUGCUCCAAAGAGAGGUGGAGAGGCUGAGCCAGGCUCUGCUCAAAGCUCAGGAAGGUGAAUCUUUACUCAAAGAGAAGACGUCUUCCCUCAAAAAGAGCCUCCAGGAGGCAGGGGCUUCUCACAGCAGCACACAGAGUCGCCUGGCUGCUCUGCAGAAGGCGCUGAGUGUGGCUGAACAGGACAAAAAGCUUUUACAGGAACGAAUGGAUGAAGCCCGGGCGUCACUAGUGGAGGGGAAGAGGAAUGUGGCCACCCUCACUGAGCAUGUACAGAGUUUGCAGACUGAGUUGAACCAGAGUGAGCUUAGACGAGAGGAACUGGAGGCCGAGCUCAAAAACACUCAAGAGGCUCUGCGUCAGCGCUCGGCCAGUCUCACAGAGGCUCAGCGCAGCGCCCAGUCAGCUCAGACAGAGCGGGCCGCUGUAGAGGAGCGACUGCGUGGGCUGCAACGAGCGGUCGCCAUGCUUGAGACUGAGAAAAAAGAUGCUGAAAGACAGGCUGUGAGGCUGGAGAAGGACAAGAAUGCACUGAGGAAUACACUGGAUAAGGUUGAACGGCAGAAGCUGAAGACCGAGGAAGGCAGCAUGCGGCUGACUGCAGAGAAAAGCCGCUUGGAUCGCUCUCUAAACACGACUGAACAGGAGCUGCAGGAAGCACAGCAACAGAUACUGAUGAUGCAGACUCAGCUGGCUGAGAUGGAGCAGUCCCACAGUCUGUGUGAGAGUCUGGUGAGGCAGCGUGACGAGGCCCAGCGGGAGUCGGAGAGACUGAGGACUAACUUCAGGGACGUAGAGCGAUCGCUGGGCACCAGAGAGCGAGCUCACCGACACAGAGUCAAAGGCCUGGAGGAGCAGGUAUCCACCCUGAAGGAGCAGCUGCAGCAAGAGAUGAAGCGGCGACAACCAUCUCUUCCACCCUCCUUAUUGUCGGCAGGGAAAUGAGAAGCAUCUUAAAACCAGAAGCACCAGCACACCACACGUCUAAUCCAGGGAAAAUCCACACAUAAUGAAUGUCUGAAAGCAAUAUUUACUCACAGAAACAUUCCUAAAAGUGUUCAUACUCUAACUCUGCUGUUUAAAAUAUGAUUUGUUGUACGUUGUGACACUGAAAUGAGCACCUCUGUCAUUUUGUUGGUGUUUAACUGGUUGUUUUAUACAGUAAAGAACACUUAACUCUACCCGCAGCGCACAGUGACAGGCGAGGGAGCGGAGCGAUGUGAUUCAGCAGCUGUGCUAAAAACGCCAGCAGCCUGCUGAUUACUGGCAACCAUCUGUACUUGAUCCUUGCUCAACAUCUCCCCAAACUUCCUGCUCUUAUUCAAGAAGAAAACCCAAAAUUACCGCAGGAUUCCCCUCCAGACAGAAUCUGGACGUAGUGCAGGAACGAAAAUCUGCCAGUUGAUUCCUCCACAUUUAUAUUAACGGACACUGAGAGAAGUGGAGGAAGAUCUUCACUGUGUGCGAGUGCCAGGAAACACACGCAUUGAGCAUAAUGACGGAGCUGUACUGUAUUUUCUCUGAGAAACAGAUUUUACUGAUUAUGUGACAUAUAGACACAGUUUUAUAACAGUAACAAGUACUGCAGUAUGUUCGUAUACUUACAGUAUGUGUUUUGUAUUAGUUACUAUUAGUUUUACUAGGUGUACAUACUGUUUAUUUACUGUAUAAACACUGACAGACUGAUGAUUGAUAGCAGCAGUAUAACUUGUAUUGACAAUACACAUGGAAGCCACCUGUUUUCAGGAGAAUAAACUCACAGUGUGCA